AUGGGUGAAAAAUUGAAUGAUUCAUUCACUGCAUCUUACGGUGAUGAAAGUAGAACAACAGGUAAAGAAGGAGGACUAUAUGAUCAACUUAAGGUGUAUAUAACACACAGGGAAGAAGAAGAACACAACAAGCAAACAAACAAGGAAAAGAAAGGGGGACUUGGGAUUGGAAUGAGUUCAAGAAAUUCUACGAUCAUUAGCACUGAGGAAGAAAGGGAGACUACGGGUAGUACGAGUAGAAUUGAUGAGCUUAUUGCGAAGGAGACGGAUAUUAUUAGAUUAAUCAAGGAGGAAGGUACCAGCCUGACUGAUUAUGGCGAUGGGUCCGACAUUCAUAGCAUUAUUAAAGAUGAUGUGCUUAUAAGAGAUGAAUUUGAUGAGGUAUUGAAACAAUUUAGAAAGGAUAGUGAACCUGAAUUGGUUCUUGCUGAAGAUGAAGAUGAUUUCUAUGAUUCUAAAGAACAUGAGGAGAAAACUAAUGAAAUAAUGAAAAAUUUGACGCAUGGAGAUGAUUUGGGCGUGGAGAGCAAUGGUAGUUUUAAAGAAGAAGUCAUUCCACCAGAGAAUUUUAGUCAUGUUGUUGGUCAAAUCUAUCGAAGUAGUUUUCCACGUAUUGAGAAUUUCGAUUUCUUACAGAAAAGAUUGAAAUUGAAAUCUAUUCUAGUAUUAAUUCCGGAAGAAUAUCCCAGUGAAAACCUUGAAUUUUUACAAAGUGCUGAUAUUGAACUAUUUCAAGUAGGAAUGAGUGGUAAUAAAGAGCCAUUUGUCAAUAUACCGUCAGACUUGUUGACGAAGGCAUUGGAAAUAGUAUUAAAUCCUGCUAAUCAACCCAUUUUGAUUCAUUGUAAUAGAGGGAAACACAGAACUGGGUGUUUGAUUGGAUGCAUACGAAAAUUACAGAAUUGGUCAUUGACGAUGAUAUUCGAUGAAUACAGGAGGUUUGCGUUCCCGAAGGCAAGAGCAUUGGAUCAACAAUUCAUCGAGAUGUAUGAUGAUGAGGGAAUUAAACGAAUAGCCAAAAGCAAAAAUUGGUUACCUUUGCAAUGGUAA